AGAAGUGGAUGGCCAGAGACCUGGAUUCACAGCUUUAAAAGCAGGAGCGGGAUUUGGAGAUUGGGAUAAUUCUGCCCUCAGCCUGGAGAGAGUGAGGUGGAAUAUAGCAGAGUUCAUCGUGAAGUUUUCGCUCAGUGGGGAAGAGCAGAGCAGGAGCAGUAACAGGGUGAGCUGUGGUUCAGGGGGUCCAGAUGGCAGGCAUGAGGGGCCCGGCCUGCACUGGAGUCUGGCUCUAGAGUCCACAGGGGCUCCCACUUCAACUGGACACAUUCCACAGGACGUGUGCCCAUGAGGUCGUCACCACUGGUCCUGCUCCUCCUGAUCGGCGUCCAGGCUGUACUGAACAUGGGAGGUGGAUUGGCCCGGUGCGCCGGGGCAGCCAACCACAAAGUAGGACAGCAGACGGCAGCCAAUCACAGAGCAGGACAGCAGCAAACAGCAGCGGGGGACCACCUUUCUGGUCACCAUUCUUCACAGGAGCAUCAUAGGACCAGCCACCAUAGGACCAAGAGGCCCCAUCGGGCAGCUUCACAUACCCAAGAUAGGUGCCCUGUCACCGGGCACUCUAAGUCAGAUUCCCCCUCUGACCUUUCCGCCCCAGUAGUGGACCCCAAGCUCUUCUCCAAGAGACGUUACCGGUCCUCGCCCCGUGUUGUCUUCAGCGAGGUGGCCCCAUCACAUGACGCCCUGGAUGGUGAGGGCUUUGACACUGAAGGGGUGAGGGGGGUGAGGGUAAGGCGCAGAGCAGGAUCGCACACCAUGCACCGAGGGGAGUACUCAGUAUGUGACAGCAUAAAUACCUGGGUAGGCAACCUGACACGAGCCACAGACAUAGCUGGGAAUGAGGUGACAGUGCUGCCCAAUGUUACAAUCAACAACGUGGUGAAGAAACAGUUCUUCUACGAAACCACCUGCCGAUCCCCCACGCACAGAGGCUCUGGAGCUGCAAAUGGGGGAAGGCCGGGGGGACGGGGGGGCAAACAGGGCUCCAGAUCAGGCAACUCGGGCUGUCUCGGCAUCGACAGCCGCCACUGGAACUCCUACUGCACCAACACACACAUAUUCGUAAGCGCCCUGACCAUCCACAACGAACGGACAGCCUGGCGUUUCAUCCGCAUCAACGCUGCAUGUGUGUGUGUUCUCAGCAGGAAGUCGUGGGCGGGACGACUGGGGCACUGACUGGGGAGGACGACUCCUGACCACUGAACAAUGAAUCAAGCACACACAUUUCUACUAAACAGCCACUGCAGCUUUAUUGCCAAUACUGUAAUACUCUUACCCACCUCCAAACAUACACACACACACACACAAACAACUCCAUCUAUCCAACCCCUUGGCCCCUGACCCUACCUCAGUCCGAGUCGAGAAGUCCUGGUUGUUUUAAGUUAUGAGGACUGCAUGUCAUAUUUAUGGUUUAUACAGUCAAAUAUGAAAAUAUAUACAGUAUGUGUAUAUAUACAAAAUGAAUUCAAGCUUUU